GCGAAAAAAAAACACAAAAGCAGUAAUAACGGACGCAAACGACGUAGAAGAUCCAUUUUGUCAUUACUAAGUUUCUUUCAACACCCAGACAUCCCAACUCACUCUCCUUACAAUGCAAGCUUUACGAACAAAACUUUUUGGCCUUCAAACAACUCGGAAUCUGUUGCUCAGGACUCAAGGAAAGGCUCUCAAUCUUCGUCACUUCUCCCAAACAAGUUUUCUUCAAACCCUCACAGAUUUCCAGUAUCAUCGACUUGCUAAUGAUGCCAUGGAUACACUGAAUGACACUUUAGAAGAGUUCGUCGAAGCUGAAAAUGAACCCGAAUAUGACUUGCAAUAUGCCAACGGCGUACUUACUCUUGGACUAGGCAAAUAUGGUACUUAUGUAAUUAACAAACAACCUCCCAAUCAUCAAAUUUGGCUUUCAUCUCCCAUAAGUGGUCCAAAACAUUAUGAUUGGAAUGAAAGAAAAGAGGCCUGGUUGUCUACACGCAAUGAUUCAGAAAUUUUCGACUUAUUGUCCAAGGAACUUGGCAAAAUGUCGAACAAGACGAUCGUGUUCAAGAAAAGUGAUGACUAUUGAAGACAGUAAGUACGCGCCUUACGUCGACGUUCAAUAAAAUGUGAAAUGGGUAAUUUAUGAUGUAUUGUAUUGUAUUGUUCAUAUAUUCAAUCAAAAAAGAAACUAGUUGGCCUUGGCAAUUUCCACCUUGUCAAUAAGCUCAAGAGGGAAGUGCUCCUC